AUGACGACGAAGAAGAAGAAUGACGAAGAUUCAACGGCUUCAAAUCAACAAAAUCCUUCAACCGGUGAAGAACCCGAAUUCCAAACUCCUCAAGUUGAGAAAUCAGGAUUAAUGACUUAUAUGAGGAAUCCUGAUAGGGUUAAGAAUAAGAGAGGGAAUAACUUAACUCCGAUCGAUCAUACACCCACUCCUCGCGGUGACAAGCAUUUAGGAGUAGAUCAUAGAGGUGACCAUGUGAAGAAGAAGAAUCAGUUUGAGAUUAGGUUAAGAGAACCAUCUGUAAGUAACUCUAGGGUUGAAUUAGAAGGAGGUGAGCAUAAUGAUCAACAAAUUGAAGAAGAGGAAGUAAUUCCUCAUGAAUCCAGUGAAGAGGAGGAAGAAGAAGUAAAUAAUGAAAAGGAGGGAGAGGAAGAAAGUGAUGAAGAUGAGGAAGAGGAAGCAAAUGAUGAAGAUGGAGUACAAAACAAGGGGAAAGAAAUUGUCGUAGCUACAACUCUACCUCGAGCCAAACCAGUUAAAGAAAAGAAGCCGAGAAAGGAACCCGCACCAAAUGGGUUGCAUAUUCCUACAGGAAAAGAUCUGAUGUUGCCACAGAAGAAGAAUAGAUGUCCCUGGGGCGAGGCACCAUAUAAGUCCUCAAUCUUAUUUGGUUAUACCAAUUCCUGGGCCGCAAAAGUCUGUGCGACUAGGGAUCAUGCAAGGGCGAAAAAAUUGCUCAAGCGUCAAAGGGAUGGUUAUUGGCCAAUAGGUGAAGAAUGUGGUGAUGUUCGUACUCUAGUGGAAGCUUCAGGAUUAGGGCCUGGAAUUGAGCAUAACCAAUCGGAGUAUGAUAGUGUUAUAGUCUCUGCCUUCAAGGAACGAUUUUGGCCAGAAACCGAUACGUUUCAUCUCCCAUUUGGUGAGAUGACAAUAAUACCGGACGACGUGAAGCAAAUUCUUAACUUGGAAGUUGAAGGAAAAUGUUUGUAUGAAGAUUUAGAUAACAACAUGUCUUGGAAUGAUCUUUAUAGCCUUGUUGAAGAAACACUUGGGUGGGGUAGAGACGAGACCGAUAUGGAGUUUAUGUUUGCUGGUGGUUAUGACCCCUCGGAACCAAACAAGGUUAACAAGGUAAAGAAGCUGUUGUUGAAUAAUUUGAGGAAGAAGUUUGUAGACACCCUCAAAAAGCAAGAUAAAGGUGAGUUGUUGAAGGAUUUGAACAAGACCAGAGACUAUUCGUGGGGCACCGCCACGCUUGCAUAUAUACUUCAAAGUCUAAUAAAGGCCUCGAGGGUUGGAGCUACUGAAAUUGCUUGGAAUGUUGCGCUUCUAAUGGCAUGGGUGUAUGAACAAUUUCCGAGCCUGAGACCUCCUACUGAAUGGGGAUAA